GGAGGACGAGGGAAGAGGAGGACGGGGCUCCCGAAAAUGGCAGGGAGGGAGCUGAGGAGGAGGACGGAGGAGGACGGGCGGUGGGCGAAGCCCCGCUGCCCUUUGGAGGGUCAAAGGAAGAGGAGGACGAGGGAAGGAGAGGACGGGGCUCCCGAAAAUGGUGGGAAGGGAGCCGAGAAGGAGAACAGAGGGCUGGGACGGAAAAUGGCGGAGGAGGACAGGUGGUGGGCAAAGCCCCGCACCACAGCGCCUCCGACACCGCCUCGCCACUGCCCGCCGCCGGGCUCAGCACCUGCUCUUGCGAGCCAUCAUAAAAGCCACACAGAAGCUGAGCUGCAGCCCGCAAAGGAGACAGGUUCUGGGGUCGAGGUUCAGGCCUGAAGGUGGAGGAGGAAAUGGUUUGUACUCCAAGGCCGGUGGGGGUCAGAAGGGGAGAAGCAGGGUGGAGCCCCACAUGGCAGGCCGAACCCGGUGGAGACGCGCUCAUGGCUCCGGAGACACAGCGCGACUCGGCCCACCCAGUCCCACCUUGCCCUUGAAGAAAGACUGUUCUUGCAAACAUUUCUACACAACUCUUCUAGCGCCCGUUAAUGUAACGGGCUUCAUGUCUACUAGUAGAAGAAAUAAUCUGUUUCAAAAGGAGCAAAGAGAAAGAGGAGGAAGAGGACAUGGAUUAAUGAAAAUGCUAUCAUGUGUCAGAGAUGAGCAUCCUGCACAGAAUUUUGUUGACUGUGAAAAGACAAUUAUUAGAGACUUCUUAAGAAACUGAACAAACCGAUCUCCCAGAGAAGCAUUUUCCAUGUGAGAAAUGGAUGUCAUUUGAAUAUUUAAAGCAGGUAAAGAAUUUGAGCCUUUGGAUGAAACGUUAGUAUUGUAAGAGAUAUGAGGUUACUCUUUCAGCAACAAGCACCAUAGCCCUGAGGCAUGAUGAAGCUCUUUGUUAUUAUUGUGGAUUAUUGCAGGAAAUCUGUCUUCUGGAGUUGAUUUUUGCCUGUAUGCUUUAAUCUGCAGACUGAAAAAGACAAUGACAUGUAAAAGGAUGUAUUUUGAAAGAAACAGCAUCUUGCUAGUGGGUUUUAAAGCACCUGGAAAAGAGUCAGUGUCUAUAAUUACUGCUGUGAGGCUUGAAAGAUGAUUUUGUCAAGCCACUAGAAUGCCCGGCUGCUUUAAACAGACUUUGUUUGCUUUGAUUGCUUUAUUAAGCUUUGCAUCUUUUAUCUUGAUCCUUGUUGCAAUGGGCACCCAGAAAUGGAUGACUGGAAAAAUCCUUUGCAAGACUGGUGCUGAGCUGGUCAAUGCCACAGAUCCAGAGCUAGUAAAAUUCAUGGGAGAAAUCUAUUAUGGACUCUUUGGAGGUGGCAAAAUGCGUCAGUGCGGGUUGGGUGGGCGGCGUUCCAAAUUCAGAAUAUUUCCUCAUCUGGUGAAAAAGCUGAACACGGCUCUGCAUGUGGUGAUUAUCCUCUUCCUUUGUGUGGCAUUUUCUUUUGCCCUGGUCAGUUUGGGAUUUUGCAUCUUAAACAUAAUUAAAGUUCCCUAUCGGGCUAUUAAAGGUCCAGCAGGAAUAGCCCUGUGGAACUUAAUUGCAGGUAGCUUUGCAGUACUGGCAACGACUAGCUUUAUGGCUGCUGUUAAGUGGCAUAAUCUUACAGAAAGGAUUGCCAAUUUCCGGGAAAAUGUCUUCCAGUUUGUAGUCUUGGGAGAACAGUAUGAAUACUCUUUUUGGCUUUGCGUAGCAAGUGCAACGAUUCAUGGUGUGAAUUUGUUAUUAGUUGCCAUCAGCAUGAUUCACUUCCCUACACGGAAGACUAAGACAGAAGAAGUGAAUGUUACCGCAGAAGACAUCAUGUACUAGACACUUAAACACCGGGUUUGCUACCUGGCCAGUUUGAGACUUGCAUGAACUGUUUAUCUGCACUAUUUUAAAGAUGUGAACAAAACACUGACAAGGGUUUAUAGAGGGUUUAUGGAGAAAUUAUGGACAGCACCACUGGUUGGCUGGUUGAGUCAAUGCUGGGGCCCAAGAGCCCAUGGAGGGCUCACAAAGCCAACACCACCACCAUUUCAAUUGAACUCCUGGGAAGGUUGGAAGCAGCGCAAGUCUUCCUAAUGCUGUGCCAAACUUUCCUGGAGCCUAGCACAAAGUGAGAAGACCCUUCCCCUUCCUCUUGCUGGAAGGAAUCCCAAAAUCCUACAGCCAAUCUUGGGAGGAAGUUAGCCUCAGGCAUAAUGAUGCACAAUUGUUGAUGUAUACUUGCACUCAUUUAAUUCAAGCAGAUUCAAAACAUUCAGAAAUGCACAUGGUAUGGCCUUGAUGAGAUGGUACCAUCUCAGAAUGCAGGUAGGCAAUGGGAUUUUUUGAAUACUCCUUCACAUAAAAACCUGUAUGUGCAAGGUUAGGAUGUCGGAAAAAGGACUUAUAAGCUGGAACCCAUCUCCCUGUCAAGCUAGCCUUCCACAUGCAAGCAGCUUUUGUCAUGGGGAAGCAUUCAAGUAUGAGAUCUCCCAUUCUAAAAUAAAACAGUCCUGUGGAGUGUACCAUCAGCUUUUUCUGAAGGCUAAACCUUGAACUUGGAUGUUCUUUUUAAGUACUUGCUAUGCAGCUGUAUAUUUGUCAUUUCCUUAUUCAAAUGGUGGGUAGGGAUGGACAAUCCAAAUCAGGCUGUAGUGGGGGGGAGGGGCCUUUAAGCAUUUUCCACCUGGAUUAGGACCUCAUGUUUGCCUCAGAAGGAAAACA